AUGGGGAAGUCGGAUUUCCUCAGCCCCAAGGCCAUCGCCAACCGCAUCAAGUCCAGGGGGCUGCAGAAGCUGCGCUGGUACUGCCAGAUGUGCCAGAGGCAGUGCCGCGAUGAGAACGGCUUCAAGUGCCACUGCAUGUCCGAGUCCCACCAGACACAGCUGCUGCUGGCUUCAGAAAACCCCCAGCAAUUCAUGGAUUACUUCUCUGAGGAAUUCCGGGUUGAUUUCCUGGGGUUGCUCAGGCGGCGAUACGGGACAAAGAGAGUCCACAACAAUGUUGUGUACAAUGAAUACGUCAGCCACCGGGAGCACAUCCACAUGAAUGCCACGCAGUGGGAGACGCUGACUGACUUUACAAAGUGGCUGGGGAGAGAAGGGCUUUGCAAAGUUGAUGAGACUCCUAAAGGCUGGUACAUCCAGUACAUCGACAGGGACCCAGAGACCGUCCGCAGGCAGCAAGAACAAGAGAGGAAGAAGAAGCAGGACCUUGGUGAUGAAGAAAAAACUGCUAAAUUCAUUGAACAUCAAGUCAGAAGAGGUUUGGAGGGGAAAGAACUGGAAAUGCCAGUCUAUACUGAACUGAACAGAGAGAAGAAAGAAGAAAAAGUUACGUUUAAUUUAAACAAAGGAGCAAGUUCUUCCAUAGCAGCAUCUUGUAAAACAAGAGUCCUUGAGCAGAAUGCACUGAAGAUGGUGGAGCGGGCAGUUAAAAGAAAAGCAGCAGCUCACAGCUCUGGUCAGCCCAAAGAGAAAGAGAAGAAAUCUGCACUUGAUGAGAUCAUGGAGCUUGAAGAGGAGAAGAAAAGAACAACUCAAACAGACUACUGGUUACAGCCUGAAAUAAUUGUAAAAGUUGUAACAAAAAAGCUUGGAGAGAAGUACUACAAGAAGAAGGCAGUUGUUAAGGAAGUGAUUGACAAAUACACAGCAGUUGUGAGGGUGAUUGACUCUGGGCACAAGCUGAAGCUUGAUCAGACACAUCUAGAAACUGUAAUACCAGCACCAGGCAAGAAAGUGAUGGUGUUAAAUGGUGGGUACAGGGGAAAUGAAGGCAUUUUGGAAUCCAUCAAUGAGAAGAGGUUUUCAGUGACAAUAACCAUUGACUCGGGACCUUUUAAAGGGCACAGAGUUGAAGAUAUUCAGUAUGAAGAUGUCUCCAAACUUGCCUGA